AUGAAUUGUGUUGAUGAGCAAAAGCUGGCCUUUGUUGUGUACCUACUGAACAAUGAUGCUGAAUAUUGGUGGGCAGGCAUGCAACGACAGAUGCAGACUAGGGAUGAGCCAGUGAAUUGGGCCAACUUCAGGACUCGUUUCCUGGAGAAAUACUUUCCAGAUACAGCCAAGCAAGACAAGGAGGCUGAAUUCUUGGCCCAGCAACAGGGAAAUAUGUCGGUGCAAGAGUACAUUAACAAGUUCGAGCAUCUGCGGGGACUCAAGCAUGAAUUGAAGAAGGUUGUUACACCUUUGAGAGAAAGGAGAUUUCCAGUCUUGGUGGAACAAGCCAAGAGUGUAGAGUCCCUAGAAAGAGGACCAGAUCCAUGUGGCGGACCCCAUCUAAAGAGAAAUUGUCCUCAGUUGACAGGUGGUGUAGGAGGAUCAGGUGACCGUCGCAAGUGUUUCAUAUGCGACAAACUGGGACACUUUGCGAAUAAUUGUCAAGAAAAGAAGAGUUUGGGUGUGAAGAAGCCCACAACAUCACCAGUAGAAAGAGCUAGAGCGGCUAACAGGGUCUUUGCCAUGACCUCCACAGAGGCUACUCAAUCAGGUGUGGGGAGAUUGAGCCUGGAGAAACGUGACUUGGGGUGUGAGUUGCUUGUUUCGACUCCUUCCUCGGGUCAGGUGGCUACCAGUUCAGUCUGCGUUGGGUGUUCAAUGGUAGUGGCAGGUCGGAGAUUCAAGGGACUGGAUGUGAUAUUGGGGAUGGACUGGUUGUCUAACAAUCACAUCAUAAUUAAUUGUGGACGACGCAAUUUGGUAUUCCCAGAACAUGAAGGGUUGGAGUUGGUCUCAACUCGAGAGGCUGUGAAAGUGCUGCAAGAAGGAGCCACGUGUUUUAUGGUGAUGGCUAAACUAGAAAAGAAGGGUGCAGCGGAGAUGAUUCAGAAUAUUCAGGUGGUUAAUGAGUACGCAUAUGUGUUUUCGGACAAAGUACUAGGAUUGCCACCGAGUCGGGAUGUUGACUUCACCAUUGACUUAACUUCUGGUGCGGGUCCCGUGUCCAUGAAUCCAUAUUGA